GAUUUCUCCAGAACCACCAGAUACGAAAGCUCUCUCUGCCUCUCUCUGCUAGCUUCCCUUCGUGGCUUCAUCCUCCGCCUCCCUCUUUUCCGGUGGCCCCGUGGCCUUGUCCCUUCCUGCUGCUGUUGCCUUCGCGCUCUCCUCCUAUGCGCUGACUGCUGGCUUGCGACGACGAGGCAAGUGGCAAGCGGCAUCGGCGGCGAGCGGGCAGAGGCUCGCGGGCACGGCUUCGGCGGCGCGCGGGCGGAGGCUAGCGGGCGCGGCGACGGCGGCACGCGAGCGGAGGCCGGCGGGAGCUGCGGUGCCGGCGCGGGGUCGGUGCGCGCUGCGGCGUCGACAGGCGCAGACGGCGGCCGGGGGCUUGACCUCCAUCGAGUGGGCGGGCGGCGGACGGCACGAGCACGAAAUCGGCCCGUGGGCUCGUGCUUGGCCGUCGAUCCAGCCCGUGGGCUGACCCGGCAGGGCACGGUGAAUGCCGGACCAGGGCGGGCCCGGGCUCGGGCCGGGCCGGGUGGCCCAAACGGACAUCUAUAAUCCGGACCGGCCGUGACCACAGCCGUCAACGUCAUGGUACGCCACUGUAUGCAGAUACAGAUAGUUAUAUGUGCUGUUGUCUUUCUAAAAAGAAAAAAAAAGAGAAAGGUACUAUUGUGCUGUACAGUUAUACUACACGACAGGCACACCCACACCCGUGAGGAACAAAUGGAAUGGACCAAGAAAAUGACUCUAGGCACAGUAGCUAGCUGAGUUGGAGAUAGCUGCUGGCGAGGGAAGCAGCUAAGCUAUGCAGAUUUUUGCGCUAAGAAAAGCUAGCCGCUAAUGGCUCUAUUUAACUGGCAAUAGCCGCUAAAUUGCCCAGCAUUUAGUGCAGCUAAAUCGUUACUCGCGGCCUGCCAAGCCCAACAAGGAGCCGGCCCAACUGGAGCAAAGACAAGUGCUGCAAACCCUAGCUCGUAAGCACUCCAAACGCUUCGCUCCCAGCUGCAACUGGCAAGAAGAGGAGAGGCGACCGGCGGCGGUGGCGGCUACUGCAUCGAGCGGAUCGACCAUGGCCGGCGGCUGAUCCCUUCGGCGGUGGCUCGUGGAGGCGACCGGCGGCGGCAACGGCAUCGAGCAAAUCGGCCGUGGCGGCGACUGAGCCCUUCGGUGGCGGCUCGUGGAGGUGAUCGGCGCCGGCAGCUGCUUUGAGCGGGCGGCGGCGGUGGCAGCGGUGCGAGUCCGACGGUCCAUCAGCGCUGGUGUUCCUCAACUAGCAAUAUGGCCCAGUGCAGCCUAAAGCUCCAUCAUUUGACUCAGAAGAUUGUGACGAUAGUAUUUUAGUAGUGCAAACUUGUUCUAAUUCUGCUUCUAAUUUUUUCUUUUUUGCAAAAUCAGCUAAACGGCUUAGCUGCAGCUAUCUCCGGCUAUAGCUGGCCGGUGUCUUAUCCAAAACUUGUAGCACAAUUACUGGUUUCAUGUGAUGCCUGUGGCUUGCUCAAGUUGGCUCAGAUGCACACACGCACGGAGCAUUGCCUUUAUUGCUUUGCUUUGGUUGGUUGUCCAGCCUAAUGAUUGUGGAAAAUAAACGAACAGUCUCUCUCCAUGGUUCCUUCUGUUGAUCUGUUCUGUUCUGCAAAUCUCGCUUCCAAAACCAAAGGCAGGCAAGGCAAGGGCUGAAAGGGCAUUGGCCCAUGGCAUGCCGAGCGCCCGAGCCCCUCUGCCUGCCUGCCUGUGCUGGAUAGCGGCGCUGAAACUGGAUUUUGGGGGGCCGCGAGCUGGCUCGUCGUCAUCGGAGGAGCCGAGGAGGGCACCAUCGUCGGCACGCCCUAACCAAUUGGCAGAUGAAGCUAUGCGUGCGUGGACUACCGCGAUCAGCUAGUUCCUCCUGCCAUCCAUUCCCCUUUAAUUUGUUGUUGCUUGGUGGUUGUUUUUUCGUGACCUGGGAAUGAAUUACUCCGGUUGCUUCACCUAGAUCGAUCGAUUCGCAUCGUCGGCGCGUGCGUGCGUGCGUUCUCACGUGCCGGGCUUCUGGAAGCUAGCUGAUAACGGUUCUCGACGCCUGUAGCUGUAGCUAGCAGGGAGGGUGAAACGUCGGGGUCGAUCGUUAAGAAAGUUACCUGUCACCACACACCCUGACCCGAAGCGGACGCAAUUAGUUGGUACAGAGAGCGAGCAAAGUUAAUUGUAUUGUGUAUAGACAUGUUAGAAAACAGAAAAGAUCACGAUGCUGACCAUGGACGACGCCCUAUUUGAGCUUAUAUAAAUAAAUAUAUACAUGCUAUCGCGGCCGGGGUUCGAUGAUGCCUCCCAGUCUGAAGAACUAUUCCACCGCCGUGUGUGUUGUUGUCUACGUACGUACGUGUACCCUUGCAUAGUGACAGACGACACGUACGACGGAGUCGUUCAGCAAUCUUCUUGCUGCGGGUUAAUUUGUAACAACGUUGUCCAUAUCAUCGUGACGCCGCGCAAAUUGGGUGCUGAAUUAUUUCUGUCCAUUUUUCUCGACCGGAGUUGUGUCCCUGUGUGUGUGCCGAGGUGAUUGGAGAGGAGGCGUUCCAACCCGCGUCAUGACGAUUAUUCUAAUUCCCGGCCCUUUUCCCCCUCCACACAAGCCAUUUUCACUCUACCUAUCCCAAAGAUAUAUAGUACACACAUCGUAUAUAUAAGAAAAAACGAAGUCGAUCGCGCUUCGCCUUCUCUUGGGCGUACUCAAACGUGGCGGCGGACGGCACAGAUGUACGGCGUCAGCAGGCCGGUGGUACCGGUGCACCUCGCUCUGGCUUCUUCCGAUCCCUGCUGGCUACUUUUUUUUUAAAUUAUAUAUAAGUACAUAUAUACAUGGAAACCUGUCAGGAGCUUCGGCAUACGGCGACGCAUGCACCGGUAGGUACUGCAGGUAGGGGCAGGUAGAAGCCAUGGAAGCUGGUGCUGCGGGUCUGCUGCUUGCUGCGCUGAUGGUGGUGGUCGGCUGGCCGGCGGCGGCGGCGUCGCUGGACACGUCGCCGGUGCCGUUCCAAGCCGGGUACAUGCCGCUGUUCGGCGGCGACAACCUUGUCCGGUCGCCCGGCGGCCGCUCCGUCCGCCUGAAACUCGAUCGCCGCACCGGCUCCGGGUUCGUAUCCAAGUCGGCGUACCACCAUGGAUACUUCAGCGCCUCCAUCAAGCUGCCCGACGACCACACCGCCGGCGUCGUCGUCGCCUUCUACCUGUCGAACGCCGACGUGUACCCCCGCAACCACGACGAGGUGGACUUCGAGCUGCUGGGCAACCGGCGGGGCCACGAGUGGCGCGUCCAGACCAACGUCUACGGCAACGGCAGCACCUCCCGCGGCCGCGAGGAGCGCUACCUCCUCCCCUUCGACCCCACCCUCCGCCCGCACGCCUACGCCGUCGCCUGGACCCCCACCGCCGUCGUCUUCUACGUCGACGGGGCGCCCAUCCGCGAGGUGGUCCGCGCGCCGGCCAUGGGCGGUGACUUCCCCUCCAAGCCCAUGUCCGUCUACGCCACCAUCUGGGACGGCUCCGCCUGGGCCACCGAGGGUGGACGCUACAAGGUCGACUACGCCCACGCGCCCUUCGCCGCCGACUUCUCGCGGCUCGUCCUCGCCGGCUGUCCCCCCGCCGGCGGCGGCGCGAGGUGCGCGGUGGCGGUGAUGACGGCGGAGUUCGCGGUGAUGACCCCCGCCAAACGCGCCGCCAUGCGCCGGUUCCGGCGGCGGCACCUCCUCUACACCGUGUGCCACGACCGGUACCGGUACAACGGCACCGUCUUCCCCGAGUGCGACGACGCCGAGCGCGACGACUUUCACAAGUGGGGCGAGUCCAAGCGCGUGUCGCCGGGCCGCCGCGGGUACAGGCGGCAGCAGCAGCCGCGCGCGGACAAGGCCGCCGCCGGCGGCCGGCCCAGCACGUGGCCGACGAUCGGAACCCUACGUGCAGACUAGCUAGUAAUUUUAAGUGACGGUCGAUGUGUGUGGUGCGUGCCAUUAGGAGAUUGCUGAUGAAUUAGUUAUAUAGCACUGUAUGUGUGCAGGUGUUUCUUACUCUGCAUUUUCAAGGUGCAGAAACAUACAGUCGGUACAUACUGUCAUGCAGUCUUGCACUAGAUAGCAUAUAUAUGGUUCCAUUUCCAUAUGCACGGUGCUCAUUUUUCA